AUGCUCACACUAUUUGAGUCAAUCACAAGAGUUGUGGUUGAAGAGCUAGACAAUAGUGGAGAGUUGAUUGCUGUCAGAAGCUUCAUGGAUGCUGACAAAUUCCACUGCUUCUGUCUGGUGAAGAAGAGGAGACGUUUCUUUGGAAACCAGUAUGACAAGACAAACCUCACCCUGAAAGACAUCCUGGAGAGUGAAGUACCAUUUGAUAUGGUGGUUCCUGAGUUCCAAGGUCAAGAUGGUAACUUUGAAAUUCUGGACGUUGAAGACUCAAAGGAAAAUUGGACAGUGAAAUUUUCCCCCGAAAUGACAUUUAAAAUAGCAUUCCACAUUUUCCAUGAGAUGAAUAUCAAGUUAAAAAAGUGCGAGAUACCCUACAAAUUCCUGGAUUCCCUUAGGAACAAGAAGCUGAAGAAGGAUCUGCCUUCUUCAUUCCGAUCAAUCCAGGCGAAGAGAGAAGACCUGUAUCUAGUGACAGAAACUAAUGAAGAGGAAGUGACCAUCACCCCUGAGAAGGUCCUGGCCUAUUGGGUAAAGCAGCUUGUCUUCCCCAGCGCGGAGAAGAUGAUAUUUGUUUCUUUGACGAAACCAGAUCCUUUCCAGAAGAGAAAGAUGGCGGUUCACCUUGGUUGGGUGUCUGAGGUCCAGUGCUCUGGGGAGCUACAGAUGAACAACGCAGCGAAUUCUCUCAUAAGCAGUCUUUUCAAUGCUGCUGGGGUCUUGAUAGAGGCAGAAACCAUUUGGGAUAUCCUGGAUGCCCUGAAGGAGCUGUCUGAGGUCCGGCAGUUUGUUGCUGAGGCCCUGGAUAAGGGGACCCUGCCCCUCAUGGAGGACAAGGUGGAGCCCGUCCUGGAGGAGAACUGGGGUGAGGGGCCCCUAGAUGUGAGCUGUGAUCCUGAGGCAAGGACUGCCUGUGCCCUCUAUGUUGAUGUCUCCAUCCUGCUACAGCUGGUUUAUCUAUGUUCUUCCUUUCGAGGGGAUGAAGAAGCUUCUGAAACUGAAGGAGGAAAUCAAGAAGUGCCUCAGAAACAUUUAUCAGAUGCAUGA